AUGGCCGAUAAUAUACCAAUUACUGCAAUUGAAAUAACUGGUAGUACUAUAGAUCCAAAAUGUAAUGAAAGAUUACAUUUAUAUCCAAAAGAAAGAAUCGAAGCUAUAUUGACGACUACUGGUUUGGUCGGUUUAGCUAUUGGUUUAUAUGACGGUGUUAAAAUUUCAUCAGCUAGAUAUUUAGCAGAAAAUGCUCAUAGAUUACCUACGAAAGUUGGUGGUUGGUAUUUUUAUCAUAAGAAAAAGAAUUAUGUUAUGAUUACUCAAUCAUUGAAAUUUGGUAUUAAAUCUUGUAUAAAAUAUUCUUUACCACUUGGUUGUUUUGUUAGUUUAGAAUAUUUAUUUGAUUUAAUACGAGGUAAUACUAUAGAUUUUUUAAAUACUACAGCUUCUGCAUUUAUAAUAUCGAGUGGGUAUUGUGCUUAUAAUAAAUUAGCAAUAACACAAGCUCGAACUGCAGUUUUGAAAGGUAGUUUAUUUGGUUUGGGACUAGGUUUAAUACAAGAUUAUUUAAUUCAUAAAAGAGGUGGAAAAAUUUGGUAUAUUGAUAGAUUUAAUAUAUAG